AUGUCACCAAUUGUGGCUCUUUAUUGUUUCACUAUAUUCGGCACAAGUUUAAUAUCAGCGACGGCUGUCAAGUGGCUCCCAAACUCAAGCUUCAAGUUACCAGAGAACUACAAAGGCGGAAAACUUCCUUGCUCAAAACAAACAGUGGUGUUCCCUGAAGUUAUAGCCGGUUCCGUCAAAAUUGCGCCGGGCACUGAAGUUCAUGGAUUUAUCUUACCAGAAGAUGGCGAAUUGGUUUUAGAUGGGAAUAUAAGCUUUGGAGCGAAUCCUGAUGAUACAAACUGCACAGAAGGGAACGCGUAUUACUUGGAUAAAAGACGCUCUUCCUGGAAUCAAGCUGAUGUCUGGAGUUCGCCGAAGUUCAAUGAAGCUACUCCCGACUCAGACAGAGUACCUUGCUUCAAUGAUGAAGUAGAAUUUCCGGAAAAUUCCAGAUUCACACUGAAGCUGCCGGAUAAAACACAGUAUGUGAAGAGUAUCAAAAUUGGUGGAGUUCGGUAUUCUACCACUAGGUCUUUUAUCUCUCGCAUCUUGACGCAAUCCAGCUCUGACACGCAACAAUUUGUAUUGAAUGAUUUUAUAAGCGCGGGUGUUCUGAUCGGUGAGGGGUCGGGGUCGCAUUAUUCUCAGUUUGGAAGUCCAUGCCAACAAUAUCCUAUGGAAAUUGAGUGUUCUGCCAAGUUUUGUCCGAAGCCUGCGUGUUCACACCCUGUCAAGCCUCUGGGAUUCUGUUGUGAAAUUUGUGGUGGCUACAUAUUGUUUGAUGCAGAUGAACAAUUUGAAAUGGAAAAACUAGACAAACUUGUCGAAAGUACUGUGAAUGGUUACGGAAAAGACUCCAUCGUAUAUUAUAUCGGUUUAUCUCCAGAAAUUCCAUACAGAAGAAUUCAGUUAGUGGUGGUUGACAAAGGUGAAUAUGUAGGGUCUAGUGCGGAGAUCAUCAAUUCUAUUAGUUACACGUUGCAAGACCAGUGGGUUAAGGGACGUAAGGUAGCUCAGAUAAGCGGCAGUCCUUUGAGCCAAUCAGGUUUGGGUGCCAAAAUCUUUGUGUCGAUGUUCUUCGCAGUGGUUUUAACUUUGGGGGGAUUGUACGCGUAUUAUUAUCAAAUUCCGGAGUUGAGAGUCUCUAGAGUACCGAGAUAUAUGGGUGGCAGUAUAUUCUCGAGGUUCCAGAGGAGAUCAGAUAGUGUGGUGAGUCUGACGAGAAGAGAUUCAGUGAUCAGUGCCAGAAGUAACACAGCUUUUAGAAAUCCUUUGUAUAAUUCGAAAAGGGGGCGUGUGUUAGUGGCCGAGUCUGCCGUAGAGGAAUGAUAAGCAUAUUAUAGAUGUCGACAUAUUUAAGUUUUGUUGAAAUAUUAGUUUAGCGUACAUAAUAAAUGUUAUUCAGAAUUUACAAGAACUGUCAAUUAAAUAAAAAAGUCUGUAAAGAAACAAAUGAAUAAUACUUAUUUGAUUUUAGUUUGAAAAAAGUAAAUAUUUUGUAUGCAAUGUAUUUGUGUCUAUUGAGUCUUUAUGUAACAUGUGUAUAUUCACAACUUCCUACUCAGAUGAAACUGUAGUUAACAAUGUAGUAUUGUCAAUAAUAUCGAUCGAUGCAUUGAUUGUAAAACCGAUACCGUGACUAUACACUAAACAUAAGUACCACGACAAAGGGGCACUAGAUUUAAUGUCUUACCUAUAAAACAUUAAUAUCCCCUGGCUAUAUUUUAUAGUGUCUAUUGACUUGGCACUAACUCUCCGAUUAUAGGCUCUUAGCAUUUUUAUGACUUCCGUAUCACCACUAAUAUAUUCUUAGUACGUGCAAUUACCUUAAGUAAAUAGGUUUAGGAACUGGUAGAUAAGGAUUUAUAUGUAGCAUUAAAAUAUUUUCCAAAA